UAUUUUCUGAAAGAAGCGCUUCAUAGGAAACAGUUGCUUUCCGUCUUAGAACUGAGUAAGACCGUGGAGUAAGGGAAACAUUUCAAAUUUCAGAGGACAUGUAUGCGGAUGAAAAUCUUCGUUAAAUGUAGUAUUUAUGACAUCACCACUCGCUAUCAGCGAGCAGUGUUGUAUUAUGAAAGGAACCACAGUAUAGGCAUUUGAAUUAUGGAUCGAGACUACAGUCCACUCUCUUCUACAUGUGUCAAGAACCUUGUAGAUAAACUCUUUGAAAAACGUAAAUUGGCCUCAUUGGAAGUUGAAAGAGUUAUUAAAGACUGUAUCAGUCAGACAAGCACUCCGAAAUAUCCCGGAUUAUUGGAUAUUUUAGUCAGGAUUUUAUUCAGUCUGCUAAUCCUCAUACUCGUAAAGGUGGUUUGCUUGGUUUGGCUUCUGCAGCCAUUGGACUUAAUGAGGCAAGGUAGCCUAAUACUUAUGUUUCAAUCCAUUUAGCAUGCGUGUCUUUUCCAUGGACCAAUAAUUUUGCCCAUAAUUCGAACAUUCCACGACAAUGAUCCACGUGUGCGAUAUUAUGCUUGCGAAGCUCUUUUCAAUGUUAUGAAAAUAACUAGGAAGGAGACGCUCAAUUAUCUAAGUGACGUUCUUGAUGCUAUAAGCCGGGUGAGUUUUCGUUUUAGUUAUGAAUCCCAUGUCUCACCUUUCUGUUUUUUUGCAAAUAUAUACAGUUAUAUCUUUUAGUUCAACACUUCUGAACCGGUUGCUCGUGCCCUUGUCAUCUAAAGGAUACUACUGCUUCACUUCCAAAUAAAAAUUGGUUAGAUUAUGACAUG